CGGAAAUUAUCGGAAAUUUUCGUCAAGUCAUAUCACAUGGAGAAUUAUCAGCUGAUCGGCUUGUCCAAUCAAAUGCUGGUUCCAAAAUGUUUACAUUAUUCAAAGACUUUCUGAAAAUGGCGGCGGCAUCAACAUCAGACGAGCGUUCCUUUAUUGAUUUAAAAGAUGCAUAUUCUUCUGGAAAAUUUCCACAAAUGUUGAAAAAAUUUAACAUUUCUACAAUUAUUACAUAUUUCCUCCAGACACAUGCCGAUUUUCGUUCUAUUAGAGAAGUUUCCUACGAGCUGUACGCCAAUGGGCACGUCAGAGACAUAUGUACCAGAGAAGACGUCACUGCUGAAAAGGUUCUGGUUAAAGCUCAAUGCCUCGCACACAUGCGACAAAAAACGUACGAGAUUUUGGUUAUAUUGGACAGGAGUGGCGAUAUCAUUCAUGCCCACUGCAGAUGUGAGGAUGGGCAUGGACCAGAAGCGACAUGCAAACACGUUGCAGCCCUUUGCUAUGCCCUAGAGGACUUCGUGAAGGUGUUUAUUCUGCCAGAAGAUGUCCAGUCAUGCACAGAUAAACUAGAAGCUUGGAACAAACCAAGAGACGUAAAACUUCCAGCUGCACCUCUCUAUGAUGUGGACUUUACAAGGAAAAAGUUUGGGAAACAGCGAAAGCAGAAAAGAGAGCUGAAAGGGGUGCGGCCAGAAUGGUACCAGCUUCACGAAGUGUGUGCUAGCGACAGGACUGCGGUAACAGAAUUCCUGUCUGAUCUAAAGGGAUGGUCAGCAGAGAGUGGAAAGAUGUUGCUGCUCAGCACUGUAGUGGAUCUAGAGGAACCCGUUGAAACAAUAUCAACUGUAAAUCAUCUGUACAAUUACAUGUCGCAGUUCUUACAGAAUGUAGAGCGCAUUUGUUCGCAAGACGAUGUUCCUCUUCAGGAACUUAGAGAUGCGUUGAAAGUCUCUGAAGAGGAACAAGUCAUGAUUGAACAGAACACUCUUCUACAAAGUAGAAUUUCAGACUGGUUCACCUUAAGGCAGUAUCGCAUUACAGGUUCUGUCGUGCAUCGUGUUUGCAAUUUCUACGUGUACAAACGAUCAGACCCAGAAAACAUUGUAAAAUCAAUCAUGCAGCCCUCUUCAUUCACAAGUGCUGCAAUGAGACUUGGCAUGGAACUUGAACCCAAAGUCCUAGAGCGUUAUGAGGCUACCAAGAAGGCGGACAAUGACGAGGUUACUCUGAAGAAGAUGGGGCUACUUAUUGACACUGAGUAUGGUUUUUUGGCAGCCUCACCAGAUUCUGGUGUUAUUCAAAAUGGUAACCUAGUAGGUUUGGUAGAAGUCAAGACAAAGAUUGGUGACAAGUGGAGCAAGAAGUCAAUUGCUGACAGUGUUAAAGACUCUGGCUACCCUUUAAAAUGUGUUGCCAGCAAUGACGGAACCACACAUUUCAUGCUGAAAGAAUCAAAUCCCUGGUAUCACCAAAUACAACUGCAGCUAUUUGUGUGCAGGUCAUUUGCUAAGUUUUGUGACCUUGUAAUAUACCAUGUUGAAUGUGGCGAUUUUAUUUGCUUACGGAUUAACAUUGAUAAUGAUUGGGUCAGGAAACAUGUAGGAAAACUGGAGCAAUUUUUUGAUACACAUAUGGCUCCAAAAAUAAUUGAAAAACAUAAAUCAGUAGUUUAAUCUGCGAGAUAUAGACAAGUCAUUUUAAUAAAUGACAAAAAAACUGUACAUAUGUUGGUUCUAAUAACAUUAAUGUACAUAAUAUCAGCAUUUAAAGAAUAAUGUCAAUACUUGUAAAAUGAGCCACGUCAAUGGGAAAGAGACCAUUAGGUGAUUGCGACCAUUUAGGAUCCAGAUCAGCCUGAGCUUAAAAGUGCAGGCUGAUCUGGAUCCAAACUGGUAGCAAUUGCCCAACGGUCCCUUUCCCAUGACACGGCUCAAAUAUGACUGUACACAUGUAUAUUAAUAUAACAUGGCACAGAGUGUGACAUAGAAAGGGACAUAGAUCUUGUAAACCCGAGCAACAAGAUGUCGCACAAGUAGCAGCAGAGUGUGACAUUUUGCUUUCAACAUUUAACAAAGAUCCAUAUCACACACACUCUACCAUUAACAUUGAUGUUAUUAUACUGACCACAUUGUGGCAUUUGUUUCAGUAUCAAAAUUUCUUAAUCACACAAUAUAUAUGAAAUAGAAUUAUAUGUUUUAACACAAUUGACUUUCAUAUAUUUGAGUCAUCUACUUUUUAUUCUGCGAUAAAUGUGUAUGCCACCCAUCGAAGAAGUGGGGGUAUAUUGUUUUGCACAUGUUGGUCGGUCGGUCAGUCGGUCUGUCCACCAAAUGGUUUCCGGAUGAUAACUCAAGAACACUUUGGCCUAGGAUCAUGAAACUUCAUAGGUACAUUGAUCAUGACUGGCAGAUGACCCCUAUUGAUUUUCAGGUCACUAAGUCAAAGGUCACAGUGACUCGAAACAGUAAAAUGGUUUCCGGAUGAUAACUAAAGAACGCUUAGUCAAAGGAUCAUGAAACUUCAUAGGUACAUUGAUCAUGACUGGCAGACGACCCCUAAUGAUUUUCAGGUAAAGGUCACAGUGACCUGAAGAAGUAAAAGGGUAUUAACAUAAAAACGUAUUCACACAAUUGCUGCCACUACAACUGACACCCUAUUUGGGGGGCAUGCGUGUUUUACAAACAGCCCUUGUUCUACGCAGAAGAAAGUGGUUCGAAAUGACACUGCACAAGCGGCCUGGUGACAGUAUUUUCCUGUGAUCAUUAUGCCUUGUAAUGAUUUCCAUGCAGGGGGUUAAUUUUAGUAAAGAAUAGAGUAAAUACCAUUAUGAACAAAAGUAAGGUAUAAUAAUAUUAGUUUUCUUGUUAAAAUAAUGUUUAUUGUUACUGUAAAUAAAUCUUCGUAAAUGUUA